AUGACGUCCAUGCUCGCUCAGCAGCUGCAGGCUCUUGGGAAACCAGGAACCUCGCUCCUGCGAGGCAAGGGGAGGCCUUCUCUACUCUUUGAGGCUCACCAGGCGGCAGACAUCGAUCUGCAGACGAUCUAUGAUAUCGCUCUUCAAGGCCUGGUGGAGCUCUGCCAGGCUGAUGAUAGCCUGAAGCCCUUCCUGAACACUUUAUUUAGAAGGGAUCGUGUGGGGCUUGAGCGGGAGCACCAGAGCAAGGCGGUCAAUGAAAAAGUGGACCAGUCCCUCUCUGCUCUGCUCACCCUGCUCUCAAGACACUUUCUGAAGGAUGCCACUACCAAGGUCCUUGAGUUCCUCAUCCGCCAGUACAGGGUGAACGAAUUCAACGUGAGCGCGCUGAUGGGCUGCGCCCUGCCGUUCCACUCCACUCUGCAGUUUGUCCGACUUGUCCAGACCAUGCGCCUUGAGAGUCUGUGGACCUUCUUGGCGCCCAUGCAGCAGUCGGGGGCCCCGUUGCCUCGCAGCACACUGGUGCAGCGCUGCUGCAACGAUGCGGCCCUGCUGGAGUUUGUGUGCCAGGCAGCCCAACAGGCAGCGUCACCCUCCUGGCUCUCAUUCUACGGAGUCGUAAUCUGCGAGGUUCUCGCUGCUGUGCCCAAGGUCACUGAGGACGCCAUAGCUCGCCUGCUGCCCUUCAUCCUGAAUGGGCUGAAGGCCACGUGUCCCAAGGAGCAGAGAAUGGCGACCUACAUGAUCAUCAUGCAGCUCAUCAGCCGAUCCACUCCUGCACCUCAGCUGUUCAAUGUGCUGUGUGUCGAGAUCACAAAGGGAGCCAAGGAGGGUCCCGUUGGGCCAGCGCUUCUGCUCCUGACGGGAUUGCUGAAGAGUCAGGCGGGGCAUGCAACUUUGCCUCCAAAGACACUCAAGCACAUCAAGCGCCUGCCAAAACUGCUAGAAGAGCUCGCAGCAAAGCCCAAACAGAUGGCUCCGCUGCUGAAGAGUCUGCUAUCGAGUUUGAUCGCCGCCGAGGACAGUGCUGAGGCCCAUCAGAAAUUGCUGCAAGACAUCAUUGCCGAGGUGCCUAUGGCUGAGCACGCCGAAGCUGCAGCCACAAAGCUGCUCCACGCCUUCCAAACAGCAAACAAGGAAGCGUUACCUGGAAUGCAGCAGAUCAUGAGGGCGUUGGACAUCCGCUACCCAAAUCAGGUUGAUGCAGCUGUCAACAAGGCCCUGGCGCCUCUGGGCAAGGGCAAGAAGAAGAACAAGAAGAAGGGGGAUGAUGCAGCAGAGGGAGAUGAUGGGGACGACGAGGUGGUGAAGGCAGCCAGGAGAGUGCUGGAUUUUGUGACUGGAGCCCUGGACAAGCGCAGCGCUCGCAAGCCGCUCCCUGAUGCGAGCGCGACCCUGGCACAUGCGAUUGACGCCCCUUCUGCAGAGCUGCGGCGCACGGCCGUCAUGCAGCUUGAAAAGACAGCAGACGGUGAGGGCAAUGCUGGUGAUGACUGGGCUGUGGAUGUGUUGCUGCGGCGGCUGGCAGAUGAUGAUGCCGGUGUCGUGUUAGCUGUGCUUGAGUCACCCCUGCUCAUGAGCAUCCCUGCAGCGGCGCUCUUUGACGGCCUCAGCGCCUCUCUGCAGCGGGCCACAGCUGCACUGCGCAGCGCAGCAGCUGACAGUUCAGGGCCGAUGGGCAUAGCCAAGAAGGUGUUGAAGCUCCUGGCGGGGCCAUUCCUCCGACAGCAUGCAGCCUAUCAGCAGCGAGUGCUUGUGCUGCUGUUGGACGACGUCCUCCUCCUGCCCAUGCAGCGGAAGCUCGCCCUGGUGGCUCUCAAAGCUCUGAAGAAGCAAGACUUCCCACCGCUAGCAGGUCUGGAGAGUGUUGAGGUUGAGUCUGUAGGAGAGAAGAGUCCCAGCUCCAAGGAGUCUGUCACCAAAGCACUUCAGAAGCCAGGCGAUGACCUACCAACCAACAGGAGCAUCAUUGCUGCCAUUGCCAAAGGAUUGCAAGACAGUUCUCAUGUUGAGGACAUCGUUACAAUGGCAUCAGCUGGCCAUGCCAACGCGCAGCAUGUGCUGCUCUUGGCCCUGUGCCAUGCAUGCUCACAGGCAGCUGAGCCAGGGACACCUGCGGCGACCCCCUUGCUGAAGGUGCUGCUGGCAGACUCUGCUGCCCUGAGCGGCGACAACACAGCCAAAGCGAUUGACAUGUCAGCGCACUUCACGGACGACGGGCUGCCGUCCAAUGAGCACUUCUCAGUGCUCGCCAGGGCGCCACAGGACACUCAGAGAGCCCUGCGCCGCCACGCCCUCUUGGUGGCUCUGCAGCAUGCGGGCCCAGAAGUGCUCGAGCAAUGGGCGGGCGGGCCGCACGCACUCUUCCGGCGCAUAGCCGGCCUCUCUCCGCUGCAGGCGUACGAUGUGCACCUGAGUGCGCUCGUGCAGGCAGUGUCCGGCCAGGGCUCGCCUGCGGUGUUCCUCUCGGACAUCUUUGGCGUCCAUGGAGAUGAUGGGACGGCCUCAGCUGACAUGCAGGGGCGUGCGUUGGAGCUGCUCGGCUCCCGCUUCGCUGCGCCACGGAAGGCUCACAAGGCCGCGGACGCCACGGCCGCCUUCCACAGCGUGCUCCCGCGCCUCCUCGCGGCCAUCGGCAGUGCGCACAGAUCGCCGCACCUCGCUGAGCUGGUGGCGGCCGUCACACAGCAGCGAGAGGUGCUCGAGACCGACCCUAGGGCGCUCGCUUCUCUGCUGCAGGAUGCGCUGCGGCAUGCACAGCAGAAUGGAGGCGGCAGCGCAGUGAAAAGCCCCAAGCGCGGCAAGGCCUCUGCUGCAGCAAAGAACGGGUCGUCCCUUGGCCUGUCCAGCGCAGCCGCUACAGCUGUGGGAGAGUACUUUCUGGCUAUCCUGCCUGAGCAACAUGGUGAGGCCGGCGCUUCAGCGGCGCUGUUGCUGCUGCAGUGCAUCGCUCCCUCUGCUGAGGCCUCUGCGGGCCUGCAUGCCGGCAGCUUGCUGCUGAGCCGCUACCUGGCAACAGAUGCAUGGAAGGUGAAUGGUGCAGCACUGCGAUUGGUCCGUGAUCUGUUAGACCUUUACACAGCGGAGGCCCUGGCAGGGGUGACAGAGCACCCCAAGCGCACACCAAAGUCGGCUGACAGCCCUUUGGAGGUCCUCUUGAAGGCUAUGCUGCAUGCAUCAUCCAGCGACUCUGACGAGGCAUGCCGCGCCGCUGCUCACCGGGCACUGGCAGACGCGCCUGUCUCAGCGGCGUCCCUGGCAGACAUCCUAUCCAUGGAGCCUUCUGCGCCGCCGCGCACCCCAGCCAAGAAGGCCCGCGCAGCAGCGGAGACGGCAGCCGGCAGAACGAGCUCCCUGGAUGACUGUGUCGCUGUGCUGGAGCUGCUGCAGUGGAAGGCAAAUGUGCAGGAUGGCAUGCAGCUGGUGGGCUCUCUCAGCUCGCUACUGCCUUACCUGCUUGCGAUUGCCCGCGAGGCAGCCCCAGCAACCACCGUGGGCGAAGAAGAAACGUCCUCGAGGCCUGUGGCGGCAGCGUAUGCGCUACAGCUGGCGCUGAGCGCUCUGCAGCUGGUGGCCGCCAGGCAUGCACAUGAAGGCGCUGCUGACCGCGUGGAUCUGGAGCUGGUGCUGCAGUGCGCUCGCGAAGCACCCGGCAGCCUGGCUCGCACCGCCGCCCUCACCCUGCUGGCCCAGCUGGCUUCCGUCCUGCCUCGCUCCACCCUUGAGCACGUUCUCGAGGUGGUCAUUGCGCAAGCCAGCACAAUAGAACAGGAGGCCGACGCGGUUUCUGCGGAGGCCAGUGCUCGCGUCCUGCAAGCCUUUGCAGCUGCCUGGGUGGCUGCCGGCCAUGAAGAAGCAGAGCUGAUCCAGCUUGUCGUCAAAGCAUCAGCGCGCGUGCCUGCACAGUUGCGCCUGCCGCUCCUAAGUGCCCUCUCGACUCCGAUGUCCUCGGCGUCUUCUCUGCAAAGCAUGUGCACCGCCCUGCUGGAGCUGGCAGUGCAGGCUCCCAAAGGCAGUGGGGAGGAAGCCUCCAGCGAGGAGGACUUGUGGCUAUCAACAGCUGCCACGCUCAGCAGCAAGGCGCCGUGGGUGACCAGGCUCCAGGCCCUUCAGGGCACGCUGGAGGAGUGUGUGCAAGAGGACAGGGUUGCAGAGCUGCAGGCGGCGGUGCUCAGAUUCAUCGCUGACCAAUUGGCUGCGCUGGUGGAGAGCAGUGGAGGUGCCAUGGAGCCCGAUGUCCGGCAAGCUUUGGUGCAGCUCAUGCAGACUGCCACGGAGAGAAUGCAGCAGAUAAGCAAAGGAGAGGCCGAGGACACCAUGACAGCGCUGCUGGAUGCUCUGGAGCAUGCCAUGCCAGCGGCGGACUAUCUCAAGGGCCUGGUCAGCCUGACGCAGCACGAUAGCCAGCCUCUGCGCCGCCGCGCGCUGCGCCUAUUCACCUCCAGGAUGAAUUCCCUGCAAGCUGUCGAGGACGAUGACCAACCAGGGUUGGAGGCUGCAUCUGCGGCCGCUUCCACGGCGGCCGAAGCAGCUUCGGUGGUGGCGGAGCAGCUGCCGCGGCUGCUGGCGGCUGACCAGAGCGCCGGAGUGCGGCAGACCGCACUGCUCGCGCUCAGCAGUGUGGCGAGUGCAUGUGGCAAGGAUCGCCCCGACCUGCUGCUGGCCGCCUUGCCGAGCGCGCUGGCCGCCACCCGGGACGCGCAGCGGCCGGUGCGUAGCAGCGCGCUUGCCACCGUGGCCGCGUGCACCGCGGCUCUGGGCACUCGCGCGCUGCCGCAGCUGGUGCCCCUCGUGACAUCCGUGCUGUCGGCUGUGGAGGCUGCAGGCACCGCUCUGGCAGCCGCAGAUGACGCGCAGCCCGCCCCCAAAGCCAAAGCACGUAACGCGAAUGAGGAGAGGCGGAGGUCGGGCGCGUCGGCCGAGGCGCUGCAUGUCGAGACGGCGAGCGCGCUGGCGGCAUUGGACGCGCUGGCCGCGGGCAUGGGGGCGUUCCUGGCGCCCUAUCUGCCGCGCGUGCUGGAGCUGGUGCUGCAGCGCAGCCUGCUGGCGUGCCGGGCGCCCGCCGUCGCCGCCACGGCCGCGCACGCCUGGCGCGUGCUGGCCGACGCCGUCCCGCCGCGCCUGCUGCUGCCGCCGCUGUUCGGCCACCUCAACACCGCCCUCCAGGGCGGCGCGGCUCCGGCGAGGGCGCUGCUGCAGAUGGUGGAGCGCGCGGUGGCGGCCAUGCAGCCCGCGACGGCGGCCGCUAACGCGGACGCGCUGUUCGGCUUCCUGCAGCAGGCGCUGGACGUCAGGCAGCGCGGCGGCGUGCCCUCCACCGAUGCGACCGCGGUGGAGCGAGCGGCCACCGCCACCCUCGUGGCAGCUACGAUGAAGCUGAGCGAGAAGCAGUUCAAGCCGCUCUUCCUGCGGCUGCUCACCUGGGCAUCCACUCCCCCGGCCGGCCAGCCAGAUGUGCAGCCGCUGGGGCGGCAGAUCGUGCUGUACGGCGUGAUUCACGCGCUGACGGAGCGACUGCGGUCGGUGUUUGUGCCCUACUUCCGCUACGUGCUGGACGGCGCCGUCACUGUGCUGACCGGGCAGGCGCAGGAGGCCUCGCAGCCCAAGAAGAAGCGCCGGAAGAGCAAGGCCAUCGAGCCCGUCGGCGAUGUGGUCAGCGCGGAUGCCGGCGUCGCGCAGAACACCUGGCUGCUGCGGUUCAGGGUGCUGCAGUCGCUGCGGACGUGCUUCCAGUACGACAGCGUGCAGUUUGUGGACGAGGACCGCUUCCGGCACAUCCUGCCGGCCUUGGUGGCCCAGCUGGGGGCGUUCCCAUCCGAGGACGCGCUGCUGCUGCUGGCUGGCGAGGAAGGGAACGCCUCAUCAGUCGCGCCUGGCAGCGGCGCUGAUGCGACGGCCGGCUGGAGGGCCCAGGACUCGGUGUUUGGCAGGGCGGCUGUGGAUGCUCUGGUGGAGCUGGGUGCCUCCUGCGGCUCUGACGCCCUCUGGACGCCCUUCAAUCACCAGGUGUGGAACGCGACGCGCAGUGAGGAUGCAAUAGAGCGCAGCCGUGCUGUGGCGGUGAUGCUGGCCAUGCUGGAGCGCAUGCGCGAGGAGUACGCCCAGCGCAUCGCAGAGGCUCAGCAGCACAUUCACGAGCUGAAGGAGCAUUCGGAGCCCCUGCUUGCCGCGCAGCUGCGGCAGCUAACGGCCCUGUUCAACGAGAUCACUGGCGAAGACCUGGAUGAGUUCACAUAGCCGUGGAAUGCAGGGACAUGUUGAUGGGUGGAGAGACUUGUGCAGGAAUGAAUGCUUGCACAUGUGUUGCCAGGUCACAGCAUCCGGGUCAGCCGGGUCAGCCAGGUCGAUGAAUUUUUGUGUGUGUACUAGUUGUGAGCUUGGUGAGCUUUGGAAGACAUGCCAUUGUUCCAGUUCCCUGUGUGGCUCCUUGAGUAUAUACAUACCUGUACUUCAGUGUAUACAUUCCUGUCUUGCAAUAACGAGAGGAAAUCGAGUACACUGGUGCCGUUGCGAUGAAAGGCAUCCUUAGCAUUGGUCCCCCAGCUUUAAAGGAUGCUGUAAGACAUGACAUGCCAUGAA